GAACGCCCGGCCAGUAUGAGCAGAAUCUUGCGCACCAUUUAAGACUACGAGUACCUGCACUCCUCACUUUUACUAUCCAGACUGAUGAUUCUCCUUCAAUUCUCUUCAGCAGUCAAAUGCUCAAGUGUUUUUCUGCCAUGUAAGGCCGUUAUCGGACGGGGAGUCAUCAACAAUCGCGCCACCGUCACGUGGCAAUGCCACCUGCCGUCUGGUGGCGAGAAGCCCGUAAAAUUAUCGCGGGUCGCGAGAACACCACAACCAACGGACCCUUCCAAGCACAGAAACGACGAUAUCCUAUAAAGCAUUCCAGAGCUCGCCCAGCGCCGUCACUGGUGCGCGCUGACACAAAAGCCCGAGCCAGCCAGGCGAUUCAGUCUCGCAACUGGUCUGAGGGACGGACCAGCUGCGCGUUUGCAGGCAGCCAGAUUGCCUCGACACGAGCUCUGGUUCACUAACUUGCUGGGGCUGUGUCGGGCGUCUGCCUGGUUGAAUCCGCUCAGCUGGAGCCCAAAUAUAAACGUGUAGAGAACGCUCUCCACAAGAGGACGGAGUCAUCAAUCCUCUGGGUCGACCGCUGGAAGCCCAACCCCGCGCACUCAACCCUCAUCCGCCAGGUGUUCGACAGCCCCAACACGACCAGGGGAGACGGGUGAACGACACACAGCAGCAGCAGCCAUGGUUCCCUCAAUGGCCGCUUCAGCCCGCUCCCUGCUGACCAAGCUCGAAUACGAGGCCGAUGACGCCUACCUCCUGCUGGCUCAGGCCGCCAGGGAGAACCAAACCCCCGUGGCUGGGGAUCUGAAGGCGCUGCAGGACAGCCUCGAGCAUAUGUGUCUUGCCCUCAAGCGUCUCUCGCUCCACCUGCCCAAGCUUGAAGAUCCAGAACGAGAAGAUCCCCCGCCGACGGGUCGCUAUGAUCUCGGUCGCUUGUCGGCCUGCCAGAAUGCCCUUUCCGGUCUGGCACAGGCGCUGCGAACUAGAAAUUCCAGCUCUCUCGACCCUAACCACGUCGCGCGCGCCCAUUGGAUCAUUGAGAGCACCCAGACCACGCUCCAGAUCGCCGUCAAGCUCUCCCGCUAUUCCCUUGUCCUGGGUCUGCUGUCGGGGAGACACCAGACUCCACCCACCCGCCAUCCCUCAGCGAACAAAUUUUCCGCCUUCCUCAAGAUCCGCGUCCCAGAGCAGGCGAGGCCGGGGCACCGCAUUCUUGACGCCCUCUGCACCACCGACUACAGCACUGCUAGGGCUUUGGACCUCCUCGACGCAAGAUGCCCUGGCACGGCCGACUGGGUCCUGACCCACCACAAUGGCGUAAAGGACUGGCUGCAGGGCAGUCAUCAGCUUCUGCUUCUCUCCGGGCCGUCAGGGUGUGGCAAAUCCGUCAUUGCGGCCACAAUCCUCAGCCACCUGGCACAAAAAGUCACGUCUCCAACCUGGUCUCUCUGCUACUUCUUUAUCGACCCCCGUGUGCCAUGCAACCCGGCGACUAUUCUGGGCACUCUGCUGGCCCAGGUCAUGGCCCAAAAUAUGCAGGCAUACUCGGUGGCAGAGACACGUUUCGCACUUCCAGGAAUGGAGAACGACAAGGGGAGCACGGCAGCGUUGCCAGACGGCGAAUCUGUUCGCUGGGUGGACUACAAGGAUCCGCAGGUGCUCGCAGAGAUCUUGAGAGCUGCCAUGCAAUCGUUCGCGAAAAACCAUGUGGUCAUCGACGGGAUCAAUCAUCUUGCACCUAGUCAUCAAAGUGAACUCCUCCGGCUGCUCUGCACCCUUGAUUGGGAGUGCACAAAGAUUCUGAUUAUGAGCCGCCCUAUUGAGAUGGAAACCUUCAGGCUUCAGGAAUGGGUCGCCCCGGAGUGGGAAUACAACUGCUGCUCGAUCUCGGCCUCUUCUGACGAUCUACGAAUAUUCUUCAAGAGAACCACUGACAAACUGACACACGAAAAAUCGACGGGACAAGUGUUUCCACAGCCAUUGCUCCCGGAAUUCUUGGAGGCAACCGCUGAUGCCGUGGCUGAAAGUAAAAACUUCCAAUACGCCCAGUAUCAGCUAUGGUAUCUUCAAAUUCAAGACCCAGCGGGAAACCAACCGCCCCGCAACUUGCCGCUUCCGCAGGGGGACUCCUGGGACUUGACAUAUACGGAAAUGAUCAGCGGCAUCGUCGAGCUUGAGAGCAAAGUGACAGGGAAACAUACCAAGUCCACGGAAUCUAAGAUCGUCAACCUUCGUUCCGUCAUCGAGAAUGCACUUUCAUGGUUUCUAUUGUCUGCACACACCGGGCCAGGCCACUUCAAGGGAUUUUCAUUUUCAAAAAGGUGCUUUUUCGAGGCAUUAUCACUUGCUCUGACACCCGAUGCCGAGUCUUUGCAGGAACUGGAGCCAGCAAGCCAUCUCGAACUUCGCUUUACCUUCUACUUCGAGGCAUUGAUGGUUGAAAGGACCACAACUGUACCUUUGGGACUAGCCGGCCUUGGAACAUCCAAAACGUCUCCACCAGUCACACAAUACUCCUACCGGCACUGGUCCUUCAUCGAGUAUCUCAGGACGGCUGGGCACGGGAGCGUGCCGAAUAUGAACUUGGAGAAGGCCAGCACCUCUCUAGCACUUGCUGCUCUCCGUUAUGUGGGUCUUGCUGAAUUCAAAGAGACCGUGGGGGGGAUCAAGCUGCUGCAACAAAGAGCACACGAACGACAAGUACACAGUCCCUUCUACAGUCUGGCUGCGGGAUGGCUGCCCGAAAUGCUGAAGAGAGCCGACUUGACAAGUCUGAAAUCCUGCCUCCUGGUCUUGUUCGAUGCUACGGAAAGAGACAGCUCCAUCCCAUUCUUCCUCGAAUAUUUCAACUACCACUUCCCGUGGAUGUACGAACUUACGAGCUUGUCCCACACGCCCAAGGCUCUAAUACAGCUUGUGGACGAACUGGCAGCCGGGCGUCUAACCGCAUUUCAUAUCGCUGUAUCCCUCGGUCUCCCGGAUGUUUGCCGCGGCAUGACAGAAACAUGGAGUGAGCCUGAGAAGUUGGCCCUUUUCGGCACAGACACUGCGUAUGGCCCUCCCUUGGCCCUCGCUAUCAUGGGACCAAUGGCUUUUGCAAUCGGCGAUUCUGAGACAUGGCAGGACUUUUUUGUCCCAUUGAGGCAAGAAAAGACCUCCGUCUCCAGCAUAGACGUACGAGGGACCAUCCUCUACCUGCUGGAACAAAGCGACAGCUGCUCAACCAAGUUCCCCUCCCGCGCGGGGGGAGGCCUCUCGUCCCUGGCGGCGAGUGCACUUAUGCGAUGCGCCUUCUUGAAUGAUGCGGACCUGUUCAUCCAUCUGAUGAAAGCAGAGCUCUGGCCCCCAAUAUCGCUGGACUCCGGUUUCAUCCAGGUUCUGGAUGACAUCUUCUUCCCAGAUCUAGGUAGCCACGCCACGCCAGUGGUCUUGUAUAACACACUGGCUCGGCAUCAGCGGCGGGCCUUGUCGUCAGAUGCGCGGGGGUUCCUCGACAAGAUCUGCGAGUACAUGAUGGACAGGCAUAUAGACCUUGUGCUGGAACCGCCGGGACCCCGGGGCGACGCCGAGGAAGAAGACCUAGACCUACUGCUAACUACCGCGUGGAACUGCGCCUUCAGGUACGAGCUGGCAUGUUCAAAGUUCCCCCAGGAGCGCGGGGAUCCCGAGAUUGCUCGUCGGCCUAUCAGGUGCAGCGAUCGGAGGUACUCGAAGCUGCGAGAGCGUAAUCUGCGGGAGUUCAAGCCGUAUCAGACGCUCCGCCUCAUGCAGGAUCCGCGCUGGGAUGUGAACCAGCCGCUGGAGAACCGAGGCUCGGAGACGUGGGACGAAAACGCCGGGCAGACUGCUCUCCAUGUUACGGUGGAAAACCAGGGAGAGGUUGCAUACAUGCUGGCCAAGGUCCUGAUCCAGACUGGAGCCGAUGUUGCCGCGAAAGACGCCCGCGGGAGAACUCCUCUCCACGUGGCUGAAAGUGAAAGCAUGCUGAACCUGCUGCUCGGUCGCGGAGCGGAAUCGCGAGCCCAGGACAAUGACGGCCGGACAGUCUGGCAUGUCGCCGCGGCAAACAACGAUGCAAAGACGCUUCGGGUGCUUGUCAAGUGGCACCUCCCGAAGACGGAGAUGCUGGCAGAAGCCUUACGUUGCGUGACAAAACAGGGACGCACGCCCCUGGCAGAGGCGAUCGCAUUUUUCCACGAGCGGCCCCGAUGGGUCAACAUCAAGUCCCCCGAGCUCGUAGAGCCCGACGCCGCCGAGGUGCUGCUGCCGCUCUGCAAGGGCGAUCCUUUGACCUUCCGGAGCAACAUCCCGCUCGUCCACCUCGCCGCAGAGUGGGGACGCGAAAGCCUCCUCGAGGCCCUGGACGAGGCCGGCGCGAUCGAGCGCGGCGCGCUGACGGCCAAGAACAUGACAGCCUUCCACUUUCUCAACGUGGGGGCGUCCCAGUCCUUCACCAGGAAGCUGGGUCGCGUGUACGGGACCGAGUCCGUGGCCGUGGCGUCGUUGGCUGGCAACCCUGCCGUGGAGCAAUUCAUGAGCCGGCUCGCCGACGUGGCUCCUCCUCCGAGUAGCAAUCCUUCCAACCCACGGCCGCCGGGGGCUGAGCAGCUGAUUGAUCCUGCCGUGUUCCGGACCCUUCUUAUCCCGUCCGUCGUUCGGUCCAAGGACAAGGAAGGGAAGACCUUUUGGGAGAGAUUCUGUUACAAUGUUAUUGCGGCUUAUUGCCACAAAUUCCGCGACUCGCAAAACGUGGCUGUUGAUGCAGUCUGUCGGAUCAGCGAGGCAGCAGGCAUGAGUGACGCGAUCAAGUACCACGAAGAGCAGACACAGGUUACAGCCUUUCUCCCACUCGUCACAGCCGUGUGGACGACGUCCAAGUACAUCCCUUCGUGGUUUUCCGUUCCCUGUUUGGCCGUGCUGCUAAACGCAGCCAGUCUCGGCGCGGCCGGGGCCAACGAAAGCGUCGUCUUGACGCUCAAGUGGGCCAUCACGGGCGGCAAGUCGAGGCUCGUCGAGCUCCUUUUGGAGCGAGGAGCGAGCGUACAUGCGCAGGCUAGGGGAUACUCAGUGCUCGAGGAGUUCCACAAAUACGACGUGGCCAUGUUCCAAGCAGUGCUUCAGCACGCCGAGAAGACCAAGCUCGACAUGUGGAAUGGACACGGCAGAGCGCCUAUCCACAACCUGGUCUGCGAGAGCGAGGCGGGCGACAGGAGAGGCAGCGGGGUCGCGGGCCGCUCGGCCAAGAUUGCCGCCCUCGUACACGCGGGCGCAGACGUCAACCGGCUGACCGACGACCGGAUGAGCCCCGUGAUCCUCGCCGCCAUGAAGAGCAACCAGGAGAGCGCCAAGGCGCUGCUGGACCUGGGUGCCGACACAACGAUAAGGCUGCCUGACGGUCUCGAUAUCUCCCUCGCUGCCGCUUCGAGAGGGUGCGUGGCGAUCCUCCGCAAGCUGAUGUGCACCGGGUUCCCAGCCCAGGACUGGAAGAGGAGGUUUUCCAUCACCGUAUCCCUGGCCAAGGAGGCCUGGAAAAAGCGCAUCUAUCAGGGCUGUCACGCCCUACACAUCGCGGCGCUCAACUGCCAGGUUGGGUCCCUACGCUUCUACCUGGAGGAACACCUGAUCCCCGUAGGGGACCCGUGCUACGACCACAAGAUGACGGCGCUGCACUUUGCAGCUAUAGGCGGCGCCAGCGAUGCGAUCCGCUACCUCGUCACGCAAGGGGCUGACAUCAACGCGCCCGACGUCACCGGCCUCACCCCCUUGCACGUCGGCGUCCAGGCCAGACAUCCGGACUCGGUCAGGACCCUGCUCAACCUCGGCGCCAACAAGACCCUUCGCGACCGCGAGGGGAGGACGCCGCUGCUCUUGGCGAUCCAAUGGAACGUGCACCUAUGCUACAACCUUCUCAAAGAGGACGCUGGUCAAAGCAGCUCCUCGGCCAGCGCUGUCGUACCAGUAGUGCGGACGGCCAAGGCGACAAGAUACCUAGCCGAGGCGCUCGAGAACUCGAUCAUGAUGGGGGACCACAACGCGGUGUCGUUCGUGCUCCGCGACGGCUUCUCCGCGGACGCGACGAUGCCCUCGUGCGGCGAGUGCAGCGCCCUGGGGCUGGCCGUAUGGACGGCAAAGUACCCCAUCGUCGGGGCCCUGCUGGGCAGCGGGGCCCGGCGAUUCACCACGCGCUGCCAGAAGCACAGCUUCCUCAAGGUCAGCGCCCUGUUCGAGGCCGCGGUCCUCCGGCCGCAGGCGCCCGGCUCCCUCGCCCUCAUCCUGGACGUGGCCCUCAGGUGCGGGACCAACUGGCUCAACUCUCACUUUACGCCGCUGCACAUCGCCGUGCAGCAGAGCAACCUCGGCGGCGUGAACACCGUUUUGGGCCACCUUACAUCGAACGCUGCUGCGUACCGUAAAUGGCUCCCCGCCUCCCAUUCAGGCGCAAGCAAAGCAGCUACCAUCGCCUCUGGUGUCGUGAGGCAAGCCUCAGGGGUUGACUAUGUGGUGCGGGAGGUUGUAAACCGCCAGGUGAGGCUGCUAUUCGCCGACGACGAGUACCACAUGGAGCCCACGACGGCGCUGCACAUGGCAAUCAUGAGCGACUCCAUCGAGAUAGCGCGCACGCUCGUCAAAAAAGGCGGCGCUGACGUGAACGGCGUCGACUGGGAGCUCUCAUCGCCGCUCCACCGGGCCGUUAACAACGGCUUCGACGCCGGCGUCGACUUCCUCGUGAAGAUGGGCGCCUCGACCAACAUGCGCGACCGUGACGGCAACACGCCCCUCAUGCGCGCCGCGCGCGCCGGUAGCGUCGACCUGUGCCAGCUGCUCAUCACCAAGGGCGGCGCCGACACGACGGUGCGCGACCUCGACGGCAUGUCGCUACUCAGCUGCUGCGCCGAGAAGAGCUCCUCGCCCGCGCUCUUUCACUACCUCUCGGGCCCCAGCGUCGGGCUGGACCCCUAUGCGCGCGACAAGACCACCUACAGCCCCCUGCACGACGCCAUACUCAACUCGAGCAUGACGGCCUAUGUCUUUUCCGGGAGCUGGGACUUUGGCCGCGUCGCGUCCGGCCCGGACCUGGUCAAGUGCUUCUUCGCCCUCGUCAUCGACGACGGCGACGGCCGCCUCCUCCUGCCCCGCCUCCGCCGCCGCUGGCCGCACGACGAGUGGCGCCGCUACGUCGACGCCUGCCCGCGCCGCUACCUCAGCCCGCUGUGCCUGGCCGCGUCCCGGGGCCUGCUCUGGGAGCUGGAGUGGCUGCUGUACCGCGGCGCCGCCGACCCGGAGCUCGAGGGCGCCGCCGAGGGCACGGCGCUCAUGGCCGCGUGCUCCCACGGCCGCCUCGACGCCGUCAAGCUGCUGGUGCGGAGCGGCGCGCGCGUCGCCUACGUCAAGCCUGGCGGCGGCGACGACGACGGGAUGCCGGUGAUCCAGAACGCGCUCGAGCACGCCAGGGGCUUCCCGGACAUUGUGCGCUGGCUGCUCGUCGGGCGGUACACGGACCAGGGAAAGAUUUCGGACCGCCCGCACGACGCCGAGCCGCGGCCGGCCGAGGGCGUAGAGGAGUGCACCGCCCCGGGCGUCGGUCGGGCGAUGCAGGUGCGGUACGUGCUCACGGGCACGAACCGCGAGUACGGCCGCCUGCGCAAGGAGUCGAUGCGGGCGUACCUGCUGCGCGCGGCCGAGAUGAGACGUUCGCUCCGGGGCAAGGUCGUUGUUCCUUUCGAGGACCCCGGGCGAGAGUCUGGUCUCUAAACCCUACGUUAUCCCCCAAGGCCACGUUUUUCCAUUCUCGCCCGUUUUCUUCCUAGACAGCGCAAUCACAACAGACACUCUCCAUUCGUCCUCAUUCAACACUACGCCCGGUUCGUUUACGGCCGUGGACUCAGACUCCGAGGCGUUUCAACACCCUCCAUUUCUUGUCUGCUUUUGUCGCUGUUUUUCUAUUUUCUUUCUGCGCAUCUCGACUUUGCCUUCAUGCCAUCCUCUCAACUGCCAAGACAUUCACGAACAGAUAGACGUGCAACGUCCAAGACACCUUGUAGAUGUUAGCGAACGAAUAAACGCUGAA